AUGCUUCUUACCUCUCAAGAUUCAGAUGUCCAGACCAAGGGACUACAAGAGCCAUCAAACAUGCCAAUGACAGACACCGAGCGUGCCUUGAUGCUCUUUCUGACAGCCGUCGGGUUCUUCUUCAUAUCGUUGAUAUGGAAUCUUUACGUCCAAUUCGGCUGGGAGCGAGACGGUGUUGGUCAGCUCGACAAGCACGCUGCUGGGGCCAUGGAGCUUGAUCGAUUAGCAAGCAGACAGCCGAGAUUUCAUCAAGGUCUGGGAAGAGAGAAUGGUGUUAUGGCCGCUGCGGCAUAUGAGAUCGACCGAGCAGCAUAA